GUUUAUUCUUGUUUUCGUAAUACAACGAUCUAAAGAGCGGGGAGGGUUAACAGACCCAACGUGAGUUUCUGAGGGACUUCCCGGUCACGUUCGAUUUUUCGUUUAAAAGCCGCCGUCCUUUCUUCGUUCCCGUUCAGUUAUACUUUUAACGACGAAUUGCAAGUUCCUGAGAAUUAUGGGGUCGCAUGUGAUCUUCUUUUGUGUCGUGUACUCUGCUAUUGUGCUCCUGUCGGUUAUAACCAUUGCUAUCGCCAUACCGAUCAGUUGGACUAACUUCGAAAAGGAUGUUGAGCUGCCUAGGAUAGUGAGUAGAGAAGAAUGGGGAGCCAGAAAAGCAAUGGGUCACGAAUUGAUGGAAGUAACACCAGCUCCAUACGUGGUGGUCCACCAUGGAGGCAUCCCUUGUUACUGUAACACUCAAGAAACGUGCUCCGCGAUCGUCAGAAACUACCAAAAUCUGCACAUAGACGGCAGAGGGUGGUUUGACAUUGGCUACAAUUUCGUUAUUGGUGAAGAUGGAAACGCUUACGAGGGUCGAGGAUGGAAUUACACUGGGGCACACGCACCGGGAUACAACAACCAGAGCAUUGGAAUAUGUAUCAUUGGUGAUUUCAGUGAUUUCCUGCCGGAUAACACCGCUCUAAGAACUCUAAAUUCCCUUAUCGAUUACGGAGUGUCACUCGGCAAAAUAAACAAAGAUUAUCGCGUCAUAGGACACCGACAAGUGAGAGACACCGUGUGUCCAGGAGAAGAAUUUUACAAGUACGUUCAAACGCAUCCACGAUGGACACCAAAGCCUAUACCGAAGUAUUCGAAAGUUAACGUGACAAAAUCAGCGGAAAUAAUUCCUAUCGUGAAUGACUAUACCGGGUGUAUUUCGAAAGAUGAGCGAGCUCUCAUGAACACUCAAUGUGAUUCAAAAGUGAUCCUUCUAAUAAUUCGAUUAUGUAACAUAAAAUUUGAGAUGCGACUACCAGUGAUUCCCAGGGCAUUCAACGUAUUAAUAACAAACGGAUGUACUUGCACAUUUUUCAGUGUCAGUUUAUUGCGAACGACGAAAAUGGCGAAAUUGGCAAUUACGCUUCUGUUAGCGGCACUCUGUCAGCUGGUGGUUUGUGCUCAGAUCGAGACUAUUGCUAAGCUAAAUAUAAUACCGAGAGCAGAUUGGGGUGCAAAACCGCCAAAAGAACCUGCAAAUAAUUUUCCAAGCACACCAUCGUACGUCGUCAUUCAUCACUCAGCGACUGAUGGCUGCACCACUGAAGCCAUUUGCAAAGCCAGAAUUAGAAGUUUUCAGGAUUACCACAUGAACCACAACAAGUGGAACGACAUAGGUUAUAAUUUCAUAGUCGGACAAGAUGGAAACAUAUACGAAGGAGUAGGAUGGAAAGUUGGAACACAUACGGCUAAUUACAACUCGAAGAGCAUUGGAAUUUGUGUAAUCGGCAAUUUUAUGACUCACGAUCCGAAUACAGCGGCCCUAAACGCAGUGAAAAAUUUGAUAUCGCACGGUGUGGACAUCGGAAAAAUAAGUUCAAACUAUAAAUUGUUUGGACAUCGACAAUUGAAGCAAACGCUGUGUCCAGGGGAUAGUCUCUACAGAACGAUUAAGACCUGGCCUAACUGGACUGAAAAUCCAUAAUUAAAAUACUUAAAAAUUAUUUUGAGCUAUCAAUGUUUCUGUAUUCUCAACAUUGUAUCUCUUUCUUAAUAAAUCGUACUUUAUGUUGGAUGCUAUA